CGAAGCAAUGCUUGGUGAUGAUAAUGUAUGUGACUUGCGACUUGCGACUUGAUCAGUGAUUCCCUUCGGCACCCACCUUUUCCCUAUGGAAAGAAAAGACGCGCGCCAUGGCCGAGGAACCGCAGCUUAGUUCCAUCCAAGAGCGGAUCGCCGCUCUCAAGCGGUCCCAGACAGGCGAAGCCCCUCAGUCACCCCCAUUCCUUCGCCCACCCACCGAGCGCAGCAGUUCGGCCAACGGCAGUCUCUCGUAUAAUGUGAAUGGCUCUGCGCUGAAUGGCGCAUUGAUCCAAAGAGCUCCUCGACCGACUCAGACGCCAUCUGCACAGCCAGAAGUGAGAGCCAAAAAGACACCGCCGCCUUUGCCGACACGCAGGGCUGAUCGCCCGCCGCCUCGUCUACCUACGCGCCCAGAUCUUCCAGCACAAUCAGAGCCCCCUGAGCGAGCGCAGCCUCCUUCGGACCCCGAAGUUCGCCCUAGGUUACCGCCUCGCCGACCUACGGAUCCAUCGCGAAAACGAUCGCAAGAGUCUGUCGUGUCUGGUUCAUCUCACUCGACGUCUGUACCAAGUCUUAGGCACGCCGCUUCGACGACAUCUCUGAGUUCCAAUGGCACCGGUCGGAUCAAAGCCCCAGCCUGGGGUCAAACCGAAUUACCCGUGCUGCCUCCCAGGCGACCACAGGAAGACCUCAAGCCACUCCCGCGUUCCGAGUCUAGCUCGAAUUCCAUGGUUAGCGGGUUGACCUCGAAACUAUCAGCCUUGCGGGGGAAGAUGCCUAGAUCAUCUUCGUCUCCGUCCUCGUCAGCCCAAUCUAGUUCACCUUCACAUCCAUCGGCUGGAGAUUCGUCACUUAGGCCUCAAAUUCCCCCACACCGGCCGCCCGCGGCACAGACAGAACCAAUUGAACCAAAUGGGGAUGCCGAAGAAUACAGGCCCAGCCUACCAAUUCGAAGGCUCCCCCCUCCUUCAACUGCUGAUAGUAUGAAAGAUGCCCGCCAGGCUGGAUUCGGUGGCUCCAAAAAGAGCCCAGGCAUUCCACCGAGGCCAGGUAGUACACCAAGUGUGAAUGGAGCUUCGAGUGGAGGGCCACCACCAGUACCCCAUGGAUCACGUCCAAGUGGCUAUUCGCCCCCUGACACUUCGGGACGAGGCAAGGUGUCCAAUAUUGACAAUCCUCAAACCUUCAAAGUGCUCAUAUCCUCCGGUCCAGUCCUCGUUGAUUUCUAUGCAACCUACUGCGGACCUUGCAAGCAAGUGGCCCCUAAGAUCAGUGCUCUCGCCGAGAACUAUCAAAAUGUCCGGUUCCUCCAGGUCGAUAUCGAGGUCAUGAAAACAGUCGCUCGGCAAUAUCAAGUAACGGCGAUGCCUACUUUCGUUCUGAUGCAGGACGGUGAGGAGGAUAAGCGCGUUAUCGGCGGAAAUGUGUGGGAGCUUGAGCAGUGGCUUAAGACAACACCCGGUGCCCCUGCUGCACCUACACACGGGUUGGUGUGCAAUGCUGACAACCCUAACGUCUUCGCGACUCUCAUCGCUUCCGGUUCUGUCCUCGUUGACUUCUAUGCGACUUAUUGCGGCCCUUGCAAGGAGGUUGCCCCUAAGAUCGGUGCCCUGAGCGAGAAGUACCAGAACGUUCGGUUCCUUCAGGUUGAUAUAGAUUCAGCCAAGGCGACUGCGAUGGAAUACCAAAUUACCUCCAUGCCCACCUUCAUCCUAAUGAGGGAUGGCAGGGAAGACAAGCGAAUCAUUGGUGCAAAUGUCUGGGAACUGGAGCAGUGGCUUCGGUCGCAGCCUGCAUGAAUACUCUAGAAUAAACUCUCACAUGAUGCUGCACGACAAACUUCGUCACCCGCCCUAACAAGGGUGACUGUGGAAGAUAUUCUACCCAUUGCUCCCAGGAGCACCGGAAGAGAGCAGGUAGCAGUGCGGUUACCGUCGGAGGAUCUCAAUUCACCGGAGAGGCAGAAUGAGGUCGAAUGAUCAGUCUGAGCGUUGGAGCGAUCAGGUUGCUCAGGGCGGCGAGGUGACUUCUUGACUCCAUUCUGUGCUCCGGGAGCCGAUCCCGCAUUUCCCGGGGCCGGUAGUUUUACCGUCACCAAGAUUACAUACGCACUAGCGAUAUUAUAACGAAGAUUUAUGUAAUAGGGGAGCUUCAACCGGCGUCUGAAGUGGCCAUUCCGGCAGCCGAUUUACCAUGAAUAAGCGUUAAAAGUGUAGUUUCAUCAAAAGACUUGAAUUUAUGUACGCCGGUUCAUGCAGAAACAUAUCUGAGCAAGAGAAGAAAAGGAACAGAUGAAGUAGAGUAGGAGGGAAAAGGAAGAAAGAAAUGUGAGUAGAAAGGGGCACGGUCGUGGUUGUCGUUGCCAUGAAUCGAGUCAAAUCAUCGGAAGAAAGGGAGAAAAGAGAAAGGUGAUGAAGUUAAAAAAGAGUCCACACAGGCUGGGGUAAUAGAAGUGAACAAAGGCAAUGAAAUGGGAAGAAAAAAGAAUGCUGUAAAACCCAAAAGUAGAGGAAUUGGAAAGGUACUCAGCCUGCGCUGUCGUUCCUUCCCGUACAGAGGUGCCAGGGAUAGGAAAGUUGAGGCCAAAUAGGCUACCCAGGAACAAUAGAUAUGAGGAGAACCAGGCGAUGGUCUGGAUCAAAAUAGAUAGUAUCUGGUCUUGAGACAAACCAAAAGGGGAAUAACCAAAGAGAUAAACGGGCGCAAAAAAUUCAUGUGCAUAUGCAAACCACAUUCUGUUCGGAUCAUCGCCAUAAUUUUCAUUUCAAGAGGAUGGCAUAUCGGCAUCAAGUCUUCACUAUGACUCUCAUCUCUCACGAUGAUGGCAUUUGACCGGGAUAGCCGCGCCAACUUCCACCGGCCGAGACAGGUGGAGGGGGAGGGGCAUGUGAGGGCGGAGGAGCAGCUCGAAUAGGCAGCGUGGUUGAAGUCAAAUUAGUGCGAGACUUGGCAUUGUGUGAGCUUACAGAGCGCGGGCUCAUAAAAGGUCGAGAUGGAGCCUCGACGGCGGAAACGGGGUCACCGAGAUGACGCAUUGGGCGACGGCCGUACCGGGCUUCAUCGUCCUUGGUCUCAAGAGAGAGAUGUUCCAGAGACUGAAUCGUGGGGGAUUGUGUGGAGCGAGAGUGAGGGUUGGAGUAGUAGUGGUGUUGUUGAGCCUGUGCCUGCGGGGCGUAGUGACGGUUGGGAGUUGGGUAGUCGUUGGCAAUGUUCAAGGGAAUUUCACCCGAGGAGGGAUGAUAAGGCGAUUGUGCUUGCGGGUAAGAUUGCAAUUGAGGAGUGCGCGAGGAUUUGCUGAUGGGCGCGGGCUUGGGGGCAGGCGGAGGAGGUGCGGCCAAGGGUACCGGUGAUGAGGAAUUUGAUAUGGAAUUGGUGGUCUCCUUGAGCGACUUGGGAGCUGGGGGUGCUAGGUAGGACUUGCGAUUAUGCCGCUCCAUCAUGCUGAUGGCCCAAUCCUGCAGGUCCACUGGGGUGCGCUUGGCUGCUUGCAAGAAGGCAUCCUUGUCCUGUAUGGGGUGAGAAAAAGUUGUUAGCUCGAGAUGUCUUAUAGUGUUUUUGGGGACAUUUUGCACGUACGUAAAGCUCCCGUGGUGUUGGUCGUUCCUCAGGCUUCUUCAGAAGACACUUGCCAACAAAGUCAUGCAGAAUGGGCGGGAAAGCGUCACUCUUAGGCAGCUUAGGAGCGGACUCGUGAACGAUCUGCUGGAGUAGAUCCAAAAUACCCAUAGGACCGGCACUGGCCCGGUCUCCGGCAGCGGAGUCGGAAGUGUCGAAUGGGAAACGUCCAACGGCCAACUCCAUCACCGUCAAACCCACACUCCACACAUCCGAGCGGACCGUAUAGGCACCUCCCUGAAUUCGCUCGGGGGCCAUGUAGGUGGAGGUACCGACAAAGGUAUCGGCGAUAGAAUUGUUAACCGUCUCACUUGCAACACCGAAAUCGCAAAGCUUGAUUUGGCCACGCGAGUUGACCACAACGUUAGAUGGUUUGAUGUCGCGAUGCAUAAUGCGAUGGGUUUCAUAUAGGUAAACAAGACCAGCAAGCACUGACUCGGUGAUCUUACCAAGAACAUCCACUCGAAUGGGACCGAAAUCCUUGGAGAUACGAUCAAGA